UUGAAAUUCAGCAUUUAAAAUCAUAGCGGUUUGACGUCUAAAUGACAUCACAUGUUUUAAGUCUGGAUUUUUAACACCAAGAGGGAUCAUUUUAAUCGGCAUCACGAUUUUACCAUAUCGGCUAAGUAAUCGCUCAAGUGAAUCAUUUGAAAUGAACAGAGGUACAUUGGAAAGAGUUACCUUCUUUGAAGGGCUCGACAGCGGCAAAACGGGCAAAAAAACGUCACCAACAGAUAAGCCAACUUCCACUAAAUGGUGAACCAUAGACUCUUCCCUCACGAACACGACAACAGCUUUAUUCAUUCUGGAUGCUGACAAAAUGUUUCGAGCACCUAUUUCGCUACUAAUAGCCUUCAAACAGUCUUCAACAGUGAUUGAUUCGUCCGGUAAACAUUUCAAACCAUGCCGUGCUGUUAAGGUAGUAAACCCAUCAGAAUCUGACGGCAUUUUCACAACUCCCAACUAAUUACAAAUAACAGUAAACUAAACAACGCUAACUUUUCAAAAUAAUUGAAAGAAAGAAUGAAAACUCACUCAAACAAGCCGCCACUCGCUCAAGCACUCACGCAAUCCUCCGCACAUGCACAAACACACAGAGAGAGAGAGAGAGAGAGAGAGAGAGAGAAGCUCUUCAUGAAGUCUGUCCACCAGCAGCACACAGAUAAAGCAGAAUGAUCCUCAUCUGUGAUCAUAAACUUCUCAUAUUUAACCUGCUGCUCAUCAUGUCAGUGGUGGCAUGUGAGAUGAAGAUCUUGACUUUCACUGCUUAUGAAGGAGGAAAAGUUGAAAUACGGUGUCCCUAUGAGUCUGAAUAUGAAACACAUAAGAAAUAUCUCUGCAGAGGAGAAUGUAAAGUACUGGAUAAAGACAUUCCUGUUGAAUCUGGAUCUGCAGCUAAAGACGAGAGAUUCUCUCUGACCGAUAACACAACGACCCACAACUUCACCAUCAUCAUCACUGAUCUGAGAACAGAAGAUCAAGGACAAUACUGGUGUGCUGUGAAGACAGGACUGGGAAAAUACGAUGACUAUACAGAGAUUUACCUGGAAAUUAAACAUGGUAAGUCAGAAAAUACAGUAUGAGUGAAAUAGUUCAUAAGUGCACACAGAUAUGGUGUAAAAUACAUAAGCAUAACUAAUAUAUAUUUAAUAUACUAAAGUAUUACAGAAGUCUCUUUGUGUCUGUGAGAGUAUGUAUCGUGUGUUAUAAAGAUGUAAAGAGGCAAGAUAACAGAAACCACAAUAUCCUCUGCCCAUGAUGAGUUCACACCACACAAAUACUGACCCGCAUCACUUCCUGACACAUCACAUGACAUACAGCUUCAUUUAUGGAGGAAUAGUUCAUAAAAAAAAAAAGAAACAGAAAAUAU